AUGGCCCCGUCUUUUUAUCUCUCCUUGUUGCUCUCUCUUAUGCUAACGAUCCUAUUCAUUAGCCCAGCAGAUUCACAUUACACUUUAUCAGAAAAAGUGCUUCAUGAUAUUUGCUCUAAACACAAACAUGCUCCUGUUUGCUUGAAAGCCCUCCAAUCCUAUCCUAUUACACCCUUAGCCCACGUUAUUGGCCUUACCAAGAUUUCAAUUAACCAAGCUGCUGUUGCUGCUAAUAAAACCAUUGAGCUUAUGGCUUUACUCAAACGCAAGACCAUGGUCCCCUCAUAUGUAGCGCAGUAUGAAAUCUGCCAUGAAAUGUAUGUAAAUAUUAUUGACCAGACAGAAGAUGCAAAGAAAGCAUUGAAAGCUGGUGACUACGAAAAAGUAUUUGUUGCUGCUGCACGUAUCCUCACUUACAAUGCUGAUUGUAGCGAUGAAUUAGGAUCCCCCGACUCAGUCCCUCUCCAAGAAAUGAAUAAAAAAGUGUUUGACUACUACUUCACGACACUGUUGCGUGUUUCAAAUAGCCUAACAAAAUAUGUCUAA